AAGCUCAAUGAGCAUCGUGCACUCCAGCAUAUGAGUAUUCGUGCAACUAACACUGCAGCAGCACGUGAUGUUCAGUCUACUUUGGACACCAUUUUCAAGAUGCUUGAUAGUCUUGCUGUCCGAACAGGAAUCUACACAUGUCUCUUCGCCUCACGUGGACAUGUGUACGACACUGCACAGGCAACAUGGUCUGGAACUGACAAUGUCAUGGACUUCUGGGAGGAUGUUGUCCAAAUGGAGGCCGACAAAAUCACAUGA